GGGACAAGUGUCUGACGACACCACCAGCAUGGGAGAGAAUGCGUCGGGUGUGGCUCCCACUGGGCCAUGCUGGCCCAACACCCUGGGAGACAGCGUCUCUGAAGAACCAGGCCCUGGGAGGAAUGCGGACACUGAGGACCUCUCUCCAAAUUGGCCUCUGAACUCACAGGAAGACGCAGCUGCCCAGAGCAGCCCAGGACCUGGUGAGGAGGUGGCGGAGGCCUGGGACGGGGAGCAGGUUUACCUGGCAGGCCUGGCAGGGCAGUACCACCUGGAGCGGUACCUGGACAGUUAGGAGUCCAUGUCCGAGCCACCCAUCAGUUACCUUCUGUGCCCCAUGUUUCCCUGGGCCUUCGCCUUCCCCGGGGACCCCCAGGUCCAGUCUGCCACAGACAAGACUGCUGUGCAGCUGAGUGAGUUGCUGACGCUGCCCGUGCUGAUGAAGCCCUCCAGCACGGCGCCGCUGGGCGCCCACAUCUCCUUGGUGAACAAGGCCGCCGUUGAUUAUUUCUUCGUGGAGCUGCACCUGGAGGCACACUAUGAGGCACUGGGGCACUUCCUGCUGAUGGAAGACGGCGAGUUCCCCCAGUCCCUCAGCGACCUACUCUUUGAGAAGCUUGGGGCCUGGCAGAUGCCUGGGGAGCUGCUCAACCCGCUGGUGCUGAACUCCAUGCUGAGCAAGGCUCUGCAGUGCAGCCUGCACGGGGACACCCCGCAUUCCUCCAACCUCUCCCUCGCCCUCAAGUACCUUCCGGAGGUGUUUGCCCCCAAUGCCCCGGAUGUGCUGAGCUGCCUGGAGCUCAGGUACAAGGUGGACUGGCCCCUCAACAUCUUCAUCACUGAGGGCUGCCUGAGCAAGUACAGCGGCGUCUUCUUCCUGCUGCAGCUGAAGCUCAUGAUGUGGGCACUCAAGGACAUCUGCUUCCACCUCAAGCGCACAGCCCUGCUGAGCCACAUGUCCAGCUCCAUGCAGUUCUGCCAGCUGCAGCUGUUCAAGCACGAGAUGCAGCACUUUGUGAGGGUCAUCCAGGGCUACAUUGCCAACCAGAUCCUGCACGUCACCUGGUGUGAGUUCGGGGCCAGGCUGGCCACCAUGGGCGACCUGGAGGAGAUCCAGCGCAUGCAUGCGGAGUACCUGCACAAGGCCGUCUUCAGGGCCCUGCUCACCGAGAAGGCGGCGCCCGUCAUGAACAUCAUCCACAGCAUCUUCAGCCUUGUGCUCAAGUUCCGCAGCCAGCUCAUAUCCCAGGCCUGGGUUCCUGCUGGGGGCCCGUGGGGUGCAGGACACCCCAACUUUGCACUCAUGCAGCAGUCCUACAACACCUUCAAGUACUACUCCCACUUUCUCUUCUAAGUGGUGACCAAGCUGGUGAACCACGGCUACCAGCCUCACCUGGAGGACUUCCUGCUACGCAUCAACUUCAGCUACUGCCAGAAUGCCUGAGGCUGCUCUGCGGGGCACAUGCACAAUAAAGGUGUCCUCGGAUCCUGAAAAAAA